AAUAAGUAUUUUAGUGUUAAUUAUAAAAUUUACAAGUACACAACACAAACAAAAACAACAACAAUAUAAUAUAAAAUGAAAUAAAGUUUUAAAACAAUAUUUGUAAAAAGUAAAAAAAAGAAGAUCUAAUGUGGUUUUAAUUUGUUUUCGAAUUGGAAAGCAAUCAGAUCAAUAGAUAUAAGAAAAAAGAACCCAGACUCUGUCCGUCUGCAACUGUUUUCUCCAAAUAAUAAUGGGCUUUGGAAUGGUACUAUUUAUGGCAUUUUCCACUCUUGUAGAUAAUGGUUUAUUUGUUCAUUGCAAUCACAGCUGGAAAUCUGGCGGGGCCGAUCUCUUGGAAAAGUUGUCUGUUUUUGUUAUAAUUGAACAAUUUGGCAGCAAAGUGCGUGCGGCAUGUUAUCAGGCCCGUGUCUCGGUAACCACAGACAGACAGGGCCAAUUGGCCCGGCACACGAACAUGGCUAAUGAAUGGACAGUGCAGUUUAGUGUCGGAGGAGAGUCGGGUGGCCAGUCGAGGAAUACAUUGGGUUGUCGGGGCAACCGGCCCGCUCGAUGGGGGCCCAUACAAAUUGAGCAGUUAAUUACACUUUCAGCGGACAGUGGUCAGUACUGAUAGGAGCGUUGCGGCUAAUGCUGCACAAGGCAAACAAAUCGAUAAAGCAGCGGCCAGGGAAGGCAAGGAAAAAUGCAUGUCCAUCAAAUUGCACUGAAGAAAUCAGGCCUUGCAACUUGCAAAUACUCGCAUUAAUGCAACAAAGUGGCGUCGUCCUGUUUCCACACUUGCAUGGGACUGGUGCGCACUGCUGUUGGCGCCGCAGGGGACAGACAGCCGCCGGCGGAGACUGUAGCCUCGGUGAACCAUUGCCCGACCUAUCGACAGAUUGCUGGUGCCACAACUGGAGCCGGUUCGGCGCCGGCCAAGCGAGUUCCCAUUCUGUUCUCCACCAAUCGUGGACUCUAUCUGCGUGUCGCCCAACCUGUUGGGGAUCAGGAGGUGCUGACACUGCAGCCACGGGGCCAGAACUACAACAUCAGUUUCUGUGACCUGGAACGCUGGAGCACCAAUCGGGCCAAUGUUGUGAGCCUCGAGGACACCUUCACCAUCACGCAUCAGCGGAAUAUGACACCGGAGGUGCACUUGUAUCAGCCGAGGCUAUGGAACAAUCACGUCAGCUACAGCCUGAUGCACUGAUCCCGACGGAAGCACCUCUCUGGAUAUAACUAUAUAUUUAUUUAACAAAUGAAGUCUAAUCUACAAUACUGAAUCUAUUGAAUUUAAGGAGUACUAGCUGCUGGGGCCUUCGACCGGAAACAUGGGGAUUUUUUGUUUAGUUUUUAGCAAAUUUGUUUUCUUGAGAGGGGUUUCUUAAGUAAUCUGUUGGGCGAUUUGUUCCAAAAACUGGCAACCUAUAUAAGAGACUGAAUGUAUCCAGGAGGAGGCAGGGGGUCCACGUCGUGCCCGUGAGGAUGAACGAAUGAACGUGCCGGUAGUCUGAUGUUGUCAGUUUGGCUAAAGAGUGCCAAUUCCGAGAGUUUCUUUUCGUCGAGGUGUAGCCAGAUUCAAUUUUGUAUUCCGUUUGCAUUGAAAGAGGUUGGUAAAGAGGAUAUUGCAAGUCUUAUAUCUUGGUGGCCUUGUCUGCGAGUUCGUUUCCAUUGAUUCCUUGGUGGCUGGGAGCCCACAGUAUGGUGCUUUUUGUUAAGUGUGAGCUUUUGUCUUAUUUCCUGGAUUGUGGGUUCGUUGUGAUCCCACUUCCGUAAAGAGGAUGUUGACGAUUGGCUGUCCGUGCAGAUCAACAAUUUACAAGCAUUUUUGGGAGCGAAAUGGCAGGGUUUCGGCCGUGAAACUGCGAAGGUCGUUGAGUCGUCUAUUGGUAAAAUUCUAAACUGCAUGUCUUGUUUUUGGCGGCGAUGUAGAUUUUCCUUUUUUUUGUGGUUGGUUUUUUAUA